AUGGCCAUUGGAUACCAAAAGAUUCAUAACUUUCCAGAUUUGGUAGAUAGUUGCAGAAUCUACGAAGAGGAUAAUAAUGCUCAUUAUAAGAUUUUGAGUGAGAAGAGGGAUGGUAAGGGUAAACAGAAAGUUGCUGAGGGUCAGAGGACUAGUGGGGGAGACCCUCCUGCUUGUGUUGUGUGUUUCAAGUAUGGGAAACCUGGUCACAAGAGUAAUGCAUGUACUGCAGAAGUAAAGAGGUGUUUCCUUUAUGGUAAAGCUGGGCAUACAAUCGUUGAUUGUAAGCAUAAAGAAGUGAUCUGUUUCAACUGUGGUGAAGAGGGUCAUAUUAGUAGUCAGUUUCAGAAACCGAAGAAGGCACAAGCUGGUGGGAAAAUGUUCGCUUUGGCAGGGACUCCGACAGCUGCUGAGGAUAGACUAAUCAGAGAUACAUCUAAGGGAUCGGUGAUUACUUCUCUAGUGUGUUUGAAGUGUCCCUUGUCGAUCUUCGACAGAGACUUUGCUGUUGAUUUGGUUUGUUUGCUGCUACAUGGAUUGGAUGUGAUCUUAGGUAUGAACUGGUUGGAAUAUAACUAUGUUCAUAUUAAUUGUUAUAACAAGUCUGUGCGGUUUUCUACUCCCGAUGAGGAAGAGGAAACUGGUUUGUUAUCUGCUAGACAAUUGCGGAAAUUGAUGCAGGAAGAAACUCAAGUAUUUUCGUUGACGACGUCGUUAUCUAUUGAGAAUCAAGCUACAAUUGAUGAGUUAAAGGUGGUACGUGAAUUUCCUAAAGUUUUUCCCGAUGAAAUUCCUGAUGUACCGCCAGAAAGGGAAGUUGAAUUUGCUAUUGAUCUUGUCCCAGGUAUCAGACCUGUUUCCAUGCACCAUACAGGAUGCCAACAAAUGAUUUGA